UCAACAAUACUACAACCCUAGGCGUUGUCUCCAAGCUCCCAUCUCUAUAAAUUUCAAUCUCUCCCUCACCAUAUAUGCCAAUUACAAUCUCAACAGACAUGGAAUAAGUGGCUUGGCUACUCCACUUCUAUCAGAAUGCAGACAACAUGACUGGUGGCUCUUCUGCAACAAAAGGACUUCGUUAUCACAGAGAAAAACCCUAAAAAAGAGAUACAGACUGCAUUGAGAAUUAACCAUAAGGCUGAAGCUAGCAUUGAUUUCAGGCUUGGAGAAUGGAGAAAGUAGCCAUGAAUGAACAUCAGACCAAAUCAGGCCUGAAGCAAACCAAUGACAUGUCUCGAACCAUUUCCAUGUUCCGAAAGUACCUCAUAUCCAAGACUCAGUCCGAUGGAGGCAAAACGAAUGUGGAUGAGUCGGAGACCAUCAAAAGGUCGCCUCUCCGCCCUCUCAUGGCGCCUAAAUUUGGCGGCGGUUCGCCUCGACUGUCGUCUCUCUUGGAGCAGGAGUUGCUUCCGGGACUUAGGUGUGACAACACAAUGUCGGAUUCAUCUGAUGACAAGUUCCCCGGGGCACAACUCACAAUUUUCUAUGCAGGGACUAUCAAUGUUUACGAUCAUAUUACCAUGGAUAAGGUUCAAACCAUCCUGCAUUUUGCUAGGGAAAGCUCUUCUCCUACUAAUUCUGAAGCCAUGAAAAUACCAAAGAAAGAUCCAACGAUAGCUCCAUCUCAUCCAUCUGGGUUGCCAUCUUUCUGCAGAUUACAAGCUGACUUUCCAAUUGCGAGAAAAUCUUCCCUCCAACGUUUUCUUGAGAAACGUCGUGACCGAAUAACAAGCAGAUCUCCUUAUGCUUCUUCCUCAACAAAACACAAGGAGAAUGAGCAAAAAAUAGACAAUUAUCCAAAGGAAAAGCAUUGCUUUUCUCCUUCGGCUUUUCCUUCACAAUUAGGAUAUUUUUUUCCCAGUAUCAAGUACUAAUAGAAGUUGUUAGAAAAGGUAAUAUUUGAAAAUAUGUUGUAAUAUUUAUACAACUCUUCUAAUUAUGUUAUUGUAUCAAAGUUAUUAAUGAAGAAAACCUUCUAUGUGUCUUAAGUGCAAA